AUGGCCCCCAAGAAGGAAGCCAAGAAGUACACUAUCCAGCAGCGCCACGCAUACCGUGGUCCAGCCAAGAGACCGUACCGUUUCCGACCGGGAACCGUCGUCCUCGAGGAGAUCCGUCGAUACCAAAAGACCGCGGACCUUCUCCUGCCGAAGCGCCCUUUCCAGGACGUCUGCAGGGAAAUCGUGCAGGACUACAUGACGGACUUGUCCUUCACAAAUCAGUCCCUCGAGGCUCUUCAGGAGGCCGCCGAAGCGUACGUCGUCGAGGUGCUGCGGGAGUCGAACGGAGUGGCCGCCCACGCAGGCAGACAGACCAUCAAACCAGAGGACGUGAAGUAUAUUGUCGGCCUGAUCGAGAGACUGGCCAAGAAAGAGUAA